AUGGGAGACGCUGAGGUGCUCGGCGGCCUGGGCGGCAGCCUCGGCUCCGUCAUGGCCAUGGUCCAGGCCGGCGUUUUGAAGAAGCCAGUACCUCCGUCCUCGAUUGACGCCCAGGCUGCCCAGGCUGCCCAGCCUUGCCGUGCCGGGGAUGAUGCAAAAGGAGCUGCAACGCUUGAGCGGAAGGAGCAGAAGGUGGCCCUGUUUCGUCCAACACUCAUGGAGAACUCGUACAAUGCGCUUCGUGCGGCCCCUCUGGUGCCUGGAGCACAGCCUCCGACGCAACUCGAAGACCGGGCAGGUGACCAGAAAAGCUGCGUGCCACGGCAACCGCGCUGGCCAAGACAUUCCUUCAAGGUCACAUCAGCACCUGCUGCAGCGCUCCGACUGCUGGAGAACCCUCUGCCAGGCGCACCAGUUGGUAUUUGCAGAGCGCCUCUGAUCUAUCGCGUUCAGCCGAACGAAGGGGUGGCGCUGGGCUCGGAAAGCUGCUACCUUGCCACAGGCUGCGUAGAGGCGGAAAGCGUACCUCCGGCCGACUUCUGGCAGGGAACAUCUUGGCACCCGCAAGGUCAGCCACAGGCGCAGAUGCCAUGUUUGCGCUUGUCCGAGGUCUUGCCUGGUCGCUCGGCAGGCCGUGACAGCGCUGCCACACGCCUGCCAUCACAUGCUGACAUGAAGCCGAAGAUCCCAGGUCUUCGACAGCGCUCAGGCAGUGAAAACUCGACAGAAUCUGGAGCCUCCGGUUCCGCUGAGGGCAGUGCAAAAUCCGCAGUGCUUGGAUCACCCGAGCUUCCAAGCAGGGGAUCGGCUCUUCAUGCAUGGAGGGCAUGUAAGCCAUGCGCCUUCGUUUUCCAGGAGGGUUGUCAGAACAAGGAGCAGUGCGACUUCUGCCACCUGUGCGAGCCCGGCGAGCGCAAGAGGCGCAAGAAGGAGCGGCGCCUGGCAAAGCGCGAGGAAAACUCGACUCUUCAGGAGCUUCGGGGAGCGAAGCUCGAGUGUUCAGAGCUUCAUGUUUUUCCAAUGCGGACGGACCUGCUCUUAUCCCCAAGUCUGCACCGGUGCACCUGCCCGUCGUUCGAGCUGUCCUCUCCUCGUUGGCUAGCGUUGGUUGAACCCGGUGAGAUCCUGUGGUUACCCGGUGUCGAAAAGGAUUUGGAGUUACGAGUUGCGGAUGCACGAGCCAUGGUGGGCUUGCGCAAUGUCUGCUCAGGGGACUUCUUCGAAACGGGUUGCUUCGAUCCAGGCAAAAAGUCUGGCAAAGAUGAAGCGCCGCCGGUUACGAUGCAGGUGCCAGCGAACGGCAAUCCAUACGGAAUGGGCCCUCCGCCGGAGCUAACUGAGCUAACAGCUGAUCUGCGGCUCAAUGCGGCCCUAGGAGCAUUAAACCCUCUGCACAGAGGUCUGCACCCAGAGCUCGCAGCCCUGGCCGCGUCGGCGACGAAACCAUCAGCUUCACACACAGCUGGAGGCUGGGCACCUUCUCUUCGUCAUGCUGGUCAUGCUGCGUGUUUGUCAGCAGAUGAAUUGCAGGGCUUGCAGCCCCGACCUGGGCCUAUCGACCCUAGGCUUUCGAGCCAGUUGCAACCUGGAGCGACCAAUGCAGGCUUCGGAGCCGCGGGUGAAGGAUGCAGUGGUUAUCGAAACCAGAAAGGUGGUCAGGACAGACACAAGGGCAAAGGUCGCUACAAGGGCUAA